CGGAAGUCACCAGCUCUCAGUGUAAAUGAAUGGUUUCUUUGUCACUGCGAGUCGCUGUAUGUGUGAAUAAUUGUAAUAUCUUUGAAAAAGAAAAGAAAAGAAAAAAAAAAACAAAAACAAAAUACUGGAACCUUGACCCCUCGAGAAAUGAACCAUUUUAACCCAGGUGGAAAUCGACUGGCACCGGAAACCAACCCGGAAGCGCGCGCACCAGCGCUCGUGCACGUAGCAGUAAUGGCUAAUGUAGUUACAGUUUGCUCCACGUAGUGCGCUGUUACGCUGCGUGAAGAGUGUGAAGCUCUUAAAUAAAUGCUGGUUAGCAACUGUAAAACCCGAAUAAUCGAACAAAAAUCUACUUUAUUAAAGCUAACCUAGAGAACGAUAUGUAAUUUGUCUAAAAUGGUGAUCUGGAAAAAAAAAAGCUCAGUAAGUAAACACUCACGCGCUGAGAACCAGACUCACGCGCUGUUCCCAUAGCAACUGUACACUCAACAACCAGCAGCUCUGUGGGAGUAACUGCACGGUUGUAGGUAACAUCUGUACGCUAAAGUUUACCAGCUGUUGACUCAGUUUAACCAGCUGUUACUGAGGAAAACAUCUGCUUUCAUAACGCAUCAACACUGUAAAGAAUCAUCGAUGAACCCAGCUUCAGUCAGUGGAGACUGCGUGUCUCCUGAAGUACUCGUGGUUGAGAAGGUCAGUCAUCACAGUAUUGAGCUAAGCUGGAGAACGGCGCAGGAUGACCGCAGCGGCCCUACUGAAAAGUGGACUCGCUUUGCUGUGGAACAGAUGGAUCCCAAAACACACACAUAUGACACCAUAUAUAUAGGAUACAGCACUCAUCAUAUUGUGGAGGAAUUAGAGCCGUGUACAUCGUAUCGGUUCAGACUGAGGAUCAGCAGAGCAAACGGGGAGUUCUGUCUCACCCCGCCUGUCUCAGCCUCCACCUCUAGGGAGCCGCUGAAUGGCAAACAUCUGCACCAAGCUGUAAACCGGAAUGAUGAAGAGGAGCUGAGUAGAGUGUUGCAGUCUGGGAUGGUGAACGUGAAUGUUUGUGACAAGCUGGGACUCACACCACUCAUGGUGGCUGCACAGAAAGGUUUUAGCAGGAUGGUCUAUAAACUGGUAGAACACGGUGCUGAUAUUCACAUGAAGAAUGGCAGUGGUAAAGACUCUCUGAUGCUGGCCUGUUUUGCUGGGCAUUUGGAUAUUGUGAAGCACCUGCGCAACUUUGGGGCUACAUGGCAGUCUCGGGACAUGGGCGGCUGCACUCCUCUCCACUGGGCUGCAGACGGGGGCCAUCUUCCUGUCCUAGCCUACAUGAUUCAGGAUGGCUGUGAGCUGGAUGUGCGGGACACCGUGUCUCAGUGGACUCCUCUCAUGAGAGUGGCAGCAGUGAGCGGAAACUCCGCCGUGGCCUCACUUCUUAUCCGGGCCGGAGCUGACGUCAACGUCCGAGACAAGGACGGGAAGACGCCACUUAUGGUAGCUGUGCUAAACAAUCAUGAGCAGCUGGUGAAGCUCCUGCUGGAUAGCGGCGCUGACCGGGAUGUGAAAAAUGAGUUUGGAUCAGGUGCAGCAGAAAUGGCCAAAGCCUUUGGAAAGCAGAACAUCAUCAACUUGUUGGAGGGAAGGAAGAUUCUUUAGAUUUGGCAUCAAAAAGAGAACAGUAUAAAACUAGAGAUGUCACGAUGCCACUUUUUUUCUGAUUCUGAUUCUGAAUACCUUGAGUGUCAGCUGAUACUGAUACUCAUCCAGUAUUGUUUUCAUUAACUACUAAACUAUAAAAUUAUUUUUCAACUGAAGCACUUAAAAAAUACAGGAAAAAUACAUAGCUAAAAAAAAAAAAACAUGACACACAAAACCACAGCUUUCACACAAAAUCACUUACAUUGCAAAUUAAUAAAGUAUAAAUAGAAUAAAAAUCAAUCCUAACAAAAAAUCGUUCGUUUUGUAUGUAAACAUUUACAGCUCCAGAAAGGUGUUUUCCCCCAAAACCCAAUUCCAAUCUUUUCCGUUUGUUACAGGAUCAGAUCAUAAUCAUUCCUUUUUUUCUCUGAUAUCCGAUGAACCAUUUUGCCGCCUCUAUAUAAAAGAAAACAAAAACACUAACACUAAGAAUAUUUGUGGAUACACUCUUAUGUUUUAUGUCUACUUAAACCAGUGUUGAUGAUUGGGUUGAAAGUGUUGAUUAAUUUUCUAUAACAGCAGCUCUGACAAUAGUGCCAGAUGUAAGACAGUUUAGAGGUUUAUAUUAAUGCACUUCUAAUCUUGUAUUAAUGCAGUUCUAAUCUAUUCCUACAGUAACUUACACUAGGACUUGUAUAGCAGAUGCUCCACAUAAAUGGUUUAUAUGGAUGCUUUCUGUUUCAGAUUCUGUUUAUUUUUGUAUUUUUGUAAGGAGUCUCCAGUGUCAGCACUAGAGAGAAGAAAAACUGUACACACACAAAUAAAAUGGGCCAAGCCCAAAAUAGAAAUAUUGAGCUUUUAAUGGUCUUAACAACAAUUCGUUGGUUGGAAAAUGAGCAAGAAUUAAACAAAUGCACUCCUGAGACCUCCAUUUAAAGCCACCAUUUACUUUUGCUGCAGUUUGUGUUUGUGUCUUCUUGUACGCAAAGGUAAAAUCAUGACAAGGAUUAAAACAUUUUAAACUAAAAUUCAAACUAACACAUAUUUGGGUGUACUAAAUUUUCCAAAAAUAUCUUCUGGGAUGUUUUUUUUUUUCUUGAAAGAUUAGUCACUAAGAUUAGUCAUUAUGUUAUUUGCCACACCUGAUGCAGCCCCGUCAAAGGGCCACAAGGCUUAAACAUUUAACGAAAUCAAAGGGAAAAGCUCCCAUACUAAGCUCCUUUAUCUAUUUGUUUAAUUCUUGCUAAUUUCCUGACCAAUUAUUUGUUGUUAAGACCAUUAAAAGCUUAAUAUUUUGUCAUUUUGGGCUUGGCCCAUUUUUUUCGCCAAGGCGUGUAAACACUGAAAGUAUUUGGAAGUAAGGCUUUGUGGUUUCUUCAUUUUUUUUUUUUUUUUUUUUUGGAGAAAUAAAAAGGCUAUAAAGUAAGUGAGAACAGGAACAUCCACAACUUUAUGGACAUCCACAACAUUAAAUGUAAGUAUAAACAAAAAAAUAAUAAUGUGUUGUUCUUAUAAAUAAAGAAAGAAAGGCAAAUUGCUGUGGUAUAAGAGGAACAACACACUCCAUUUGUGUGCCGUUAUAGGAAAAUAUAACCCUCUGUCAUUGAUAACUUUCGUAAAAACAGGACUUCCCAUCAUUGUUUAUUCCUUACAUACAGUAGGAUGAAGACAAUU